AUGCCAUCGAGAAACAAAGUAUUAAGGAACUUGAACGCUGUUGAGAGAAAAAUUCUCUGCGAAACGAGUAGCGGCUUACGGAAUGGUGCUGUCUUCUCUGCAACAUACUUUGCUGGUUCUGCAGAACGCGAAAUUUCCGAUAAUGCGACUUUGCAGUCAGAAAAGUGCCAUAGGCUCACUGAAUCUGCAAUCUGGGGUGCUCUAUCUAAGAUUAUAGAAGAUCAUGCAGAACUUCGUUACACCGUCAAUUCGGAUUUACAAUUUGAGCCUUUGGCGUCCAUUAAAUUUAACGAUGUCGUGCACAAAGUUGAAUUCGAGUGUUAUAAAGAUGAGCAGGUCAAUUGCUAUGGCGGUGCUCCACCUUACUUACUCCGGCACAUUUUCGACAAAUGCUUCUUUACAUUAGGUAGAGGCAAGCCCUUGUGGCAAUUGUUUAUAGUCGAUGAGUCGAUGGUCAUAUUCCAUGGCCAUGAAGUAUUAUUUGAUGAUUUUGCAGCUGCAAAUUUCCACAAAACGUUUCUCACUGUGCUGAACUCGCUGAAGUCGCAGAACACCAAGAAAGUGACGUCGCAAUUUGUCUUCCAGCACAGACAUGGCCUUUCUCCUCUGCAAACGUCAAUCUUUGACAGACAGCAACUAUCACUUCUCUCUAUGAUCUACAGUCCAUUGGGUUCGAGCAUGCCAGCGCUCCUCAAAGAUUUUUACAACCUGGCUAUUAAAAAGCCUUUGCACUUUAUUGAAUACGGCAGAUUUGAACACCACACGCCCACUAUAUUGAAUCUUCCGAGUGAAAACUUAAAAUUCAAUCAACUGUGUGGCAAAGUAGUCUUCGGAACAGUGGGAAACAUGAGACUGAAUGCCUUGCAAAAGGAAUUAGAUCGCAUGGGUACCAGCUUGCAGGCUUUCAUCACCGCUGCCACAAUUUUUUGCCUCGAACCGAUAGUGGAUACCACGCUAGCGUCCUUUUCGAUAUGCGUUCCAAUGAAUCUUAGGAAGUCAAUAGACAAGUCUCCUGAACUGGGGCUCUUCCACAAAAAUGUGAUUAUUGAUUGUCCAGCAGGUCUGCGCGGCGGCGGAAACCAAAAGUUUGAUACAUUCAGGCAGGAAAACUUAGAAGGAGUAACACUGAAUGAUGCAGGCUCUUCUAAAUCUGACUUUGACACGGAGUCACAUUUUGAGAGUGUCCUUUCUCUGGUGUCUGGCAAAUUGAAAUCAGCCCUUACUAGAUGGAAAACGUUGAGGUUUGAAGACGACGACUUGAAGUGGAUGAAAACUGAAGCUCUCGAUUCCUGUUCUCCAUCUUCAUCACGAGUGGUUGAGAUCAAUGACUUAACCGGUGUCGAUUUUUCUACCUCGCGCGAUGAUCGUUACCAUAUUAGGGACGUAUGCGCCUCAAAAAGCAGAAACUCUGACACAUUCAUUUCAGUCUCGUAUUGCUCAUCAUCAUCAACUGGCCUCACCCUUGGAAUUCACUACUACGAAAACUCAAUAAUCGAUAACUUUGUCGAACGACUAGAGACAUUUAUAGACGCUUAUCCUAACCUAGUUUAG